AUGCCCUCUGGAACGGAGCUUAAAGCCGACCACAACGAUCAUGUGCCGAGUGGUAAUGCUCUAGAGCACGUUUCUCCCAAUUCCAACGGGAAGCCGAAGCCUGUUGGCGCAGAAACGCGUGGACCCACUUUAAGCGCGCAGUCCAGCUCGCCACAGCCGAAUUCCGAUGCGGAUUUGGAAACAGCGAAACCCACAUCCGCCCCGCAAAACACGCCAGAACAGAGUCCGGAUUCUGGCUACUUGCAAUCCGUGCAAGCACGGGCCUACGGCACGAAGAACGAUGGUCGCUUGGCCGCUGAACAAGCGUUGCCGCCCCGUUUUAUGCACGGCGACCCGAGUAUGGCACUUCCCGCGGAUCCUGUAGUGGAUAAUGGGCUUGCACUCCAAGGUCCCAACGCUCGAGAGCGCUCCCAAUCGCCCCGAACCCUCAACGUCGAUCACCCCAGUCAAAUCACCCAAUAUCAGGAGUCGGAACCGCGGACAGAGAUCAUAUCCGACGACUCUAGAGCCGCGGUCAUUAAAAACGAGGUGGGCGGUUAUUUGGGCGCACCACAAGCUACCAUCAGUGUCACCAGCAACGAGGCCGAGCUCGGCCAUGACUCUAAGCCCAAACCACCCGUUCCCGCUUCCCACAAAUCGCGUUCGUUGUCUACGUCCUCUUCAACAUCUGCCUCCUCCACAGUCACAACUGUGUCUGCACCUGCGACGGAAUCAGUCCAGUUACCCACCAUUUCGUCGCUGGUUUCGUUUCCAAGCUCGACUGAGGCGAGACAUGCGUCGCCAAAUUCGAUCCUAACAAGACGGAAUGUUUUCGCGACUUCUGCGUCGCGGCACUCUACAUCAAAUACCGACAAGCUUCCGCCUAGAGGGUUCAGUUUCAGUGGUGUUGGCAGCGGCACCAGUCCGCUGGUGCCCUCCGCCGAUCGUACAUUUCUUACUCCUCAUCGGCUAAGUUUCAACACCAGCCGUCUGGUCACAGAUCCGCAUGUAACAUUGGACAAUAACAAAAAGAUUAACAUCUCUUCUCUGUUGAACUCACGCGGAGAAGAUAUGUAUACGCUACGGUCUCGGGAACAAAUGAGUUCUUCACCAGCUUUCCAAGGGCUCCUGGGGAGUGGGGAACUUCAAAACGAUGGUGAGGGAAACGAUGAGAAUGAUAAUUCCGAUCAGCACAGGCCGUCGUCGAACGGUGAGCGAGAGUUCAAGACUGAAGCAUCUGCAGUUGCGAUCGUGCCACCACCAGCAACACAACCCCAGCGGAUCAAAUCCAAGCUUGAUGACAUAAGGUCUCGUGUGCUAUUGGAUCCAAAUAUUGAUCCACUCCGAUCGAGCCACUUAGACACGUCCUCGUCCCCUCGCGCAGAUGAUGAUAUUGCAGCCGCAGGAGCCGCGGCUGCUAUCAUUACCAAGAUGCGUUCCUCACCUUAUGCUACGAAUGAGGAGGCUUCUCACUCAAGUCGGCCUGGUUCUGCGAGCUUCAGACAUUAUAUGCGACCCGUGGUUCGUAUAAAUCACCGGGAAUAUGAACCAGAUGACAGUGACGAAAGUGCAGUCAUCGAGGAUGAUACCGAGGACGAAUCCUACGACGAGAUGCCCAACCGCGAUUCGGACAAAAUCAGUUGGAAUAAAAGCGGCAUGAAGAAAAGAGUUACAAGGCGCCAAUCCGCGCCAUCGGCAAACGUGAAGCGCCGGCAGGCUAGCUACCCAGAAGAAACGUCUGACAGAACGAAAGGCUCUCGCCAUUCUUCUGUGUCAUCUUCCUCGAACGUAACUUCCCUACUGUCAGCUGCCAAACUGUUAGGCAAGGAGCCGCGCACAUCUAAGGUCAAAAAUGAGAAAAAGAAACAACCGAGCCCGAGAGACUCAGAUGAUUCUGAAUCUUCUUCUCCAAAGGGUAACAAACCACGUCGCAAGAAUGCCGCGGGCUCAAGGUCGAGAAGCGGUUGCUGGAUCUGCAGACUUCGCAAGAAGAAAUGUACAGAAGAGAAACCAAGCUGUCACAAUUGCUUGCGGCUCAAUCUACAAUGCUUUUACGAUCACACGAAACCGGAUUUUAUAUCAGAUCCCGCUAAGAAACAUGAUAAACUUGAAGAAAUUAAGAAGAAGACCAAGGAAGCCAAGCGCGCGGCCAUGAGACGAAGACCAUGA